AUGGCUAAAGGACUCACCCUGCUUUUUCAUUUCGUGGCUAUUUCCUCUCAAUUAGCUGCCUUCUAUUGGAUGCAUCUUAUUGGAAUUUUAUCAUUAUCAAUGAUUUUGAAAAUGUUCACCUUGUGGACUGGUUGUGUUCAAGUUAUUUAUUUCGGAUUAUCAUUGUUGGAAGGCUUGUUUGGUGGCAAUACAAAAAAUCAACGAUCAUCAAAUAGUAUAUUAAAUGAUUUAUUCCAUUUGACUUUAUUGAUGGCUCUCGCUACAGUUUCCUUGUUUUGGAGUAUUUAUUGGCUUGAUCCUGAGAAUAUGGUUCCGAAGGGAAUGUACUAUCCUGAUGGAUUGAAUCAUUUACAUCAUACUGUGCCUGGAAUUUUGGUGUUGAUAGAGUUGAUUCUUGUUAGAUCAACAAGUGAUGUUUUACAUGGAAUUUGGAAGAGAAAAUUCUAUAUGGUAUUGUGUAUUCCAGUGGCCUAUCUCAGUUUUACUGGACUUUCAAAACACAUGAAGGGAUAUUGGCCUUAUCCAUUCAUGGCUUCUUGGUCAUUCUUGGAAUUUGGAAUUUUCUGUGUUUUUGCUGUCAUUUUGGCAUCAAUUUUGCAUUAUUUAAUCUACUUGUUGAUUAAACUAUUGAAGAAACCAGAAACUGUAUCAUUAAAAUCAGAAUAA